AUGGCGCCGCUCGCUCCCUCUGCGACAAUGCAGAACCCAAAGGCGGCGCAUUACACCUCAAACCUGGCAGGCGUCCUCGUUCGCGGAGCAUGGACAGUGGACAGCCCGGGCGCUGCUCCAAACGGCAGCCCGCUCUCGUGGAGCGAGCUCGUGCGCAAGUGGGGCAAGCACACCGGUGGAAACACUGCGCUCGUCAACCACCUCCGUACCGUGUCGCUUCUCGAUCUCAGCUCAUCGUAUCACGUUGCAACUUCCAGCAACCAGAUCGGCUCCUCGGCCUCUUCUGGUGACGGCUUGUCCCAUGACACGGCAGCUUCCGGAUCAGCCUCGUCCUAUGUGCAUGUUGGACGCGUCUCUGGUGGUCCUCCCCCAGUGCUUAACGGGGCGGCGACAGCCGCCCCGCCAUCACACCUCCGGUCGGGGUACAUGGCCGUCGGGGACCAGGACGGCGAGGACGGAGCCAGCGGCUCGGCUUGGACCGUGGGUGGAAGCUGGGGCUGGGUGCUUGACACGACGCACGUCGACGAGCUGCGGCAAGGUGUGCGCUCACUCGAGACGGCGCUUUCGGGCUCGACCUUCCUUCCGAACGAACGGCCAUCGGCCGCGCUCACGCUGGCGUACCACCUCCACGCCCUCGGCGAUCACGAUGCUGCCCUGGCCGCGUAUGAUCGCUUUGACUGGGCCGCGCCUUCGGUCGGCAUGGUCGAUGGUGACGCUGCCGUUGUUGAGCGGAUACGCGCACGGACGUUCCAAGGCAUCGAGCUCGAGCUGUGCAGCAACCCCAACCCGACGCGCGCGCUCCAGUGCUACGUUGAAGCUGUCGGGCUCUUGGACAAGCUCUCGACGUCACCGCUCCAGGCGCCAUCUUACCUCAUGCCACCAAACAUGAAGCAGCCUCCAGUGCCGAGCUUUGAUUCGCAGCGUGAAGUUCUCCGACAUGUCUCGACCGCCCUCACGCGCGCUGCUGUGAUCUCGGCGCGUGGAUCCGAUACGCACUACACGUUGCGCAUUCUCCGCACCUACCAUGCUCUGGCAGUCAACUGGCCAGGCUCGUUCCGCGCGAUCCAGCGACAGCGUAUGCUCGCCCUCUACAUGGCCGCCCUCCAGUCUUCCUACCCGGCGCCGGGCACCACGGCACUCGAACCCUACCUCCUCACUGGUCACAACUCUGGCCGUACAGGCCGGGCGACAUGGCGCAAUGAAGUGUCAGAUGCGCUUCGCGGUGGACAGCGCUUGCUGGGCGACACUACAAAGUUCCCACGUGCCGGGCAGGUCAACAUGCCCGUGACAGAAUUCGCUGCUCAGGCCGCUGCUUUCCCCGAUCACGCCCCACAGCUCGCCAGUGACGCCAUUGCUACGUUGUGGUGGGCGACAAACCUCACUUUCCAGUCACAGUCCAUUUUGAGGCACCUCGUCCCACUCUUGUGUACUUCUGGAGACCCGACCGAGGCCCGCAGGACUUUUGAGCUCUACGUCGAACUGGUGCUGCAGAGCCGCAUGACCGACGAUCCGGACAACCCGCUCAAGCUCGAGCGACGCCCCACCGAGACUGAGGAGCCUGUCGAGCAGCUCGUCGCGGAUGCCAAUGGCACUGCUGCGCCACCUGCCGUCACGAACGGCGAUGACGACGCCGAGGAAGGAGAGACGGACGAGCACUUUGUCACUGUUCUCCUCGCUGGUACAAAGCUCCUCGCAUCACACUUCAACGACCCAGUGGACGCGUGGCGCUACGCCACUCUGGCUGGCGAUGUCGCCAAGAGGCACCGAUUGAGCCCCCAGAUGGCUUCCAAGGUGGAGGCGUGCAAGGGCACUGUCCGCCUGGCAAUGUCUACCACAGUUGCCAGCCCAACCCAGCGACCCGAGUACCAGGCGCAGGCCAUCGCACACCACAAGGCUGCGACCAUCCUCGACCCCGACUCUGCCGAAAACAACUACCACCUCGCGUAUGCUUAUGCCACAGCACGCCAAAUCGAGCCCGCAACUGAAGCAGUGCGCUCGGCGCUCGAAGAGGACCCGCACAACGUCCAUGCGUGGCACCUCUUGGCGCUUCUUCUUACGGCCCAAGGCGACUGGAAUGACGCUGCCAAGGCCGGCGAGACUGGCGUUGCCCUCUGGGAAUCGGACGAUGAGACCAUCGCUGCAGACGAAGCCGACCUGCUCCCCGAGGGCAGUCUCCCAGAGCAGCCACCGCACAUCCACACCCUCCUCCUCCCCAGUGGCGAGCUUAGCCCACCCGUCACUGCAGAGGCCGUCCCUCCAUCCAAAUUCAGCCGACUGGAAAUUGUCAUCCAGCUCCGCAUGACCCUCAAUGUCAUUACCGAGAAGCUCCACGGACCAGAGGUGGCGCUGGAGCGCCACCAGCAGCUGUUUCUGUUCUUCUCGCAGCGCACCGACCGUGGUGACCGGCCCCGCUCUACAGCCUCAACUGGCAUUCGUUCCGGUGCUGGUAGCAUGAUGAGUGUCCCAGCUGGGCCUAUACACGACCUCGGCGGCAGCUAUGUCAUCACCCCGGCGUCUGGCGACAGCGCUCAAACCGUACGCGCACCCCCUCCUCCCUCCAUCAUCGCUUCCAGUGCCGGUACUGGCUCCUUCUCCCCGCCCGUGAUCCACACCCCUUCCUCCGCCGGCGACUCAUCUCCCAACCCCUCGGACGCAGAGGGACCCAGUGAGCGCCGCGUCAAGAUUUCUGUGGGAGGCAAAAAGCUGUUCCCCAAGCACCUGCACGUUCCCUCCGUCGCCCGCGGGCCUCGGCCAGGUCUCCGCGCAUCCAGUGCUCCCUCGGCGCUGCGCAGCGGCGGCAGCGGACGUGGCGAACCCACCAUCGGCUUGGACCGUAUACGCACCGCGUCAACGUCGACUGUCGCCCUGUCCAUUGCCCCCACUGCCGUUCAUUCGCACUACCACGGUGCCCGUGCAAUGCUCCCGCCCCCACCGCCGCCCACGAAACGCAACGUGAGCCGCACCGCUGCUGAACUCCGCAUCCUCUCGGACCUCUGGCUCAUGUCCGCCGCCUCCUUCCGCCGUGCGGGCAAGCACGGCCAGGCCCUCGUCUCCAUCGAGGAGGCCGAGGCACAGGAUCCCGAGAACCCCGCCGUUUGGGUCCAGCUCGGUCUCCUGCACCAGGCCGAGUGUGGCGCGGCCCACCAAACCGGCGGGAACAGCGUGGACGGCGACUCGCAGCAAAAGGCAUUCACAAAGGCGCUGCUCCUGCGCCCCGACUACCCGCCCGCUGUCGUCUCCCUCGGCCGCCUGUUCCUCACCCAGGGCGAGACGGACCUCGCGCACUCGCUCCUGUGGCAGCUCACAGAGGACCAAGGGUGGGACGUCCCCGAGGCAUGGUUCGCGCUGGCCACGGCGUGUGACAAGCAGGGCCGCAGUGCCCGUGCGAAAGAAUGUCUCUACACGGCGCUCCGUCUGCAAAAGUCCAGGACAUGUAGGACUCUUGGCGACGCCUUGGGCCGAAGCUAG